CAGGUCCUCUGGGUUUGUUAUUUUUGUUCUAUAUACGACAACAACAACUCUUCACAAUACAAGGUCGCUAUCAAAAUGGCGUCGUCUGGCCUGUUGGAGGAGAUCUUGUGUCCCGUGUGUCUGUGUGAGUUCCAGGAGCCUGUCAGUCUUCGUUGUCAGCACAGCUUCUGCAGGACGUGCAUUAGCGGUUACCUGGCAACCAGUGGGGGUUCAGGGCAGUGCCCAGAGUGCCGACACCCCUUCAACAAGAAACAUAUUAAGGCCAACCGAUCGCUCGCCAAGGUGGUCAGCGCAGCUAAAGAACACCUGGAAGAACAGAGGACACUGCAGGAGUGCUCAGGGGCGGAGGCUGUGAAAGACCCCACCUCCAUGUGCUCUGUGCACCAGGAGAGGCUGAAGCUGUUCUGUACUGAGGACCAGCAGCUGCUGUGUGUGGUGUGUAGAGAUGCGAAACAACACCGGGGACACACAUGCAGACCAGCCGAAGAGGUGGCGCAACACUAUAAGGUCUUGUUGGGUGGAGCAGUCAACUUCCUAUCUAAGGAGAACACAUAUCUGAACAACAUGAUUGACUUGCAGUCUGCAAAGGUCCUACAGACACAGGAGCGCUCCAGAGACCUGUCUGUGAUGAUCUCCUCUGAGUUUGCCAAGCUGCACCAGCUACUGAGAGAUCAGGAGCAGAAGGUGCUAUCUAGACUGCAUGAGGAGGAGACUAGAGUUCUGGCGCCCAUGCAGACUAACCUGACCAAGAUGACACAUCUCCUCUCCACGAAGACCAACACGGAGCAGGUGCUCACCUCCAACCUCAGCAACACCCAGCCAAUCAAAUUCCUCCAGUGGUGGACCUCUGUGGGGAGUGGCAUGGUUGAAGAGAUGCUGCAUUUUGAUGGCGAUCCUGCAUCCUCUGAAGAACACAGCAGCUCCACGGAACAGCAGUUCUCAUCGAAGCUGCCGGGCCUGGGGGUGUGUAGUGAUGUCAUCGAUCUGGGCCCAUAUGAGUCCCACCUGCCCUUCCUCGUCUGGAAGCAAGUUCUCAACCACAUCCACAUUAAGAAGGUUCCCCAUGCUGAUGAGCUGGCCGAGUGGGAGGAGUCCUAUUCCAGAGUGGGCCUAUCCGGGUGCAGCCUGCAGCGUGUGGACAGGAAGCUGUGGGGCUUGCUGGGCGUGUGGCAAGGCUAUCGGCCAAUGGCACGCUGCCGUGCCAAGUACGGCCAGGGCCGCCACUACUGGGAGGUGGAGGUAGGCCACAGACCCGACUGGGCCGUGGGGGUGUGUGUGGCGUGUGCGUCUCAGCUGUGCGUGUGUCUGGGGACAUGUCUGUGUAGGUGGUGGGCCACGCCACAGGGGGCGCCACGAGAACAGAUGAUGCUGCACCUGAAGAGGGGCCGUGGCUACAGCGUGACGGUGUCUGGAGGAGGGGCGGAGACUCCUGUUGCAUUGCGGGAGUGUCCGAGGCGAGUGGGCGUGUACCUGGACUGCGACGGAGGGAAGGUGGAGUUCUAUGACGCAGAUACGCUCCGCCUGAUCCACUCCUCCAAGAUGGCGGACUCCCAGUGUGAGGACCGAGUGGCUGGGUCGGGCAGGAAGGGGCCACUGCUUUCCCUCUGCCUGUCCCCUGGCUGCUACACCAAGGAGGAGGAAGGGAGAGGUGACUGGGAACCCCUCAUCGUUUGCUGUUACCGCCGGCAACGCCCCCCACAGGCCGACAUGGAGCUGCUGAGGAGGCUCUGGGAGCCGUUGCUGAUGGGCAACGCCAGGCUGGGGCUGGGCAUCCUGGGGGUUGCGGCCGGGAUGCUGGGGUUCACCUUAGGCUGGGGUGGUCUGGGGAGCUAGAGGGGAGACUGGUCGUUCCGGAGGUGACAUGAAGUGUCUAUGGUGGCGGGGUGGGGGGCUUGGGGCACAGCCUGGAUAGGAGGAGUCAUUCUGGUGGUGUAUUGGGGAAGGUGUGAUAGGAAGUGGUGUGGGUGUUAUUGUGUGUGCAUGUG